AUGCUAGCCGACGCCGAGUGGACCGCGAUCGACGCCACGAUCAUCCGGUGGUUCUUCACCACCAUCUCCAAGGACUUGUUCCACACGGUCGUGAGUGCCGGCGACGACGCCCGCGCCCUGUGGGUCAAGCUGAACGGCCUCUUCACCGACAACCAGCUUCAGCGCCGCUCCAUUGAUGACUACUGCCGCCGCCUGAAGACGUUGGCGGACGAGCUCCGUGACAUUGGAGCCAAGGUGGACGACGACCUCCUCCUCAGCACGCUCACCGCCGGCCUCAACGAGGACUUCGGCAACACCGCCUCUAACCUCACCUUGAUGCCGGAGCCCUCCUUCCCCAAGUUUGUGGCGUACUUGAGGUUGGAGGAGCGCCGGAUGAAGGGGGUCAAGAAGCGUGUGCAGCACCACGCCCUCGCCGCCGGCACCUCCCGCGGCGCCCCUCCACCGACCGCCCCACCCGCGCCGCGCCACCAGCCGCCGCCACCAGCGCCUCCGGGGUACUUCCCCCUCCCGCCCGCGCCUCCCGCCCCUCCCGCUGCCCCCCAGCAGCCGGGUGGCGGGCGCAAGCAGCAACAGGCGCCGGGGGGGCUCGUUAGCAGCAACAGCAGGUGA